UUUUUUUCUUCCUUCGUCUUUCUCCUUCAAGCAAUGCAGGCCAUCACCCCCGCCGGUCUCGAGGGCCUUGCCAAGUACAAGUACUCGAGCGUCGACAGCUCACCGCUGUCCAACCAAGUGAUGCACCCGUUCUGGAACUUUUGCGUCAAGUACUUUAUUCCGAUCUGGCUGGCGCCGAACGUGCUCACCUUUGCCGGCUUUCUGUGCUUGCUUGGCAACUACCUGGUCUCAUGGUACUACGACCCCGACCUGACCAUGGCCACCCUCAACCUGAACUCGGUCCCGCAGUACGUUUGGUUCCUCAUGUCGUUUGCGCACUUCAUGUCGCACACGCUUGACGGCUGCGACGGCAAGCAAGCGCGCAAAACUGGCAAAUCCACCCCGCUUGGCGAGCUCAUGGAUCACGGUCUGGACAGCAUGGCCGCUUGGCUCCAGAUGAUCACUGCUGCUUCUGCUGUCGGCGUUGCUGGCUACCCGUGGGUUUUGUACACCAUCACAUGCGGCGUUGUCCUCUCCUUCUAUCUGACCCACUGGGAAAAGUACAACACUGGCGUUCUGUUCCUCCCUUGGACUUACGACGCGAGCCAACUGCUCGUCACGAGCGUCUACCUGCUUGCUGGACUGUUUGGUACCCAGUUCUUCACCGCGCCGCUGCUCGAUCUGAGCGCGCUCCACGAGUCGUGGACCCAAGUCAGCAUUCUGCACAUUUUCAUUGUCACUUCGUACGUCUCCAUCCUCAUGCAGCCCAUCCAGUCGGUCAUUAAUAUUGUCUCGGCUCCCAAGCGUCUGCACGGCUUUGUUGACGGCUUUAUGCCUCUCGUACCGCUCAUUGCCAUGUUUGCCUUUUUCACCUUCUGGGCCUACGCGUCGCCCGCCAACCUCUUGGUCUCCAACGGUCGAGUUCUGCUGACUGCACUUGGUCUCGCCUUCUCGAACUUGACUUGCCAACUGAUUGUCUCCCAAAUGACAAGCCAAAUCCACCGAAGCAACAACUUGAUCUUGGCUCCUCUGCCUUUCAUUGCCGGUGCCAUCUACUGGGGCUUUGUUGUUUCGCCCGCCGUCGACACUUGGGUGCUCUAUGGCUACACUCUCUUUGCAGCACUCUUGCACGUUUCUUAUGGAGUCAACUUGGUCCAAACCAUCUGCCAGCACAUCAACAUUUACUGCUUUAGCAUCACGUCGACACCCCGUCCAGUUGCUAACAAGAAACAAAAGUAAUGCGUGUGUGUGUGUGUCCUACUUUUAUUCAAUGUCGAAUUAUUACUUUCUUGCUGUUCCA